AUGUACCGAACAUGCAUUACACGCCUUUCCUCUACGAAUUUCUCCCCUCCCGUCUUGGAAUCGCUUAAUUGCCAUCCAUUACAAUCCUGUUUAAUUGAAAAUCCCGCAUUCAAAAUUCCAAAGAGGUGGCAUUUGGGUCAUUCCCACCACGAUGAACUCGAUCACCGCCACAAGGAGGGAGAAAAUAUUUUCCGGUUAGGUCUCGCAGCCGACAUCGGUUUAGCCGCCGGAAAAGCGAUCACCGGCUAUCUUUCCGGGAGUACAGCCAUUAUCGCCGAUGCUGCUCAUUCCAUAACCGAUGUGGUUCUUAGUGGCAUAGCUUUGGUUUCUUUCAAGGUUGCCAAGGCGCCUAGAGACAAAGAACACCCAUAUGGUCGCUUGAUUUGUAUCUACACGCUACUCCGUUUUCUCUUAUGCAUCGAGUUUCAGUUUAUAUUAGAUAUUCUGAAUGAAUUGUUUGAAUAUGAUUGGUUUGCCCAUCUGAUAGUUAGACAUGGUAAAUUUGAGACUAUAGGAGCUCUUGGAAUCUCUUGCAUGCUUUUGGCGACUGGAGGUGGCAUUGCAUGGCAUGCUGCAGACCUUUUGAUGGGAUUGUUCACACCUGGUCCUGAAAUGGUUAGCCAGGCAUUAGCACAUGGACAUGGGCAUGGGCAUAGCCACGAGCAUGGUGGACAUGAUCAUGGAAUUGACAUGGAUCACCCCAUCCUUGCUUUGAAUAUGACUAUAGUGUCAAUAUGUGUUAAAGAAGGCUCUAAUUAUGUUAGCUCAAGCAUUGUACAUCCCAGGGAAUGUGUCCAUGGUCUUUACUCCUUGACUUUUCCUCGCCUGACUAGGUCUAACUUGAAUUUCUUAAAUUUUGGUUGGGAUUCUGAUAUCUUCCUUUCCUUGUUUCUUUUCCUUUUUAUUGAUGUCUUCGAUAGGUCAUUAAAAUGUACAUUACUAGGUUUUGUUUCUUAUCCUAGACUUGAGUUUGCUUUGUUAAUCUGUAGGCUUUACUGGAUAACAAAACAAGCUGGUGAGAAGCAAGGCAGUGGACUAAUGAAAGCAAACGCAUGGCACCAUCGUGCAGAUGCAAUUUCAUCAGUAGUUGCUCUCAUUGGAGUUGGAGGAUCUAUUCUUGGAUUGAAGUUUCUUGAUCCCCUUGCUGGACUUCUAGUCUCGGGCAUGAUUUUUAAAGCUGGAGCUGAAACUGGUUAUCAAAGUGUCUUGGAAUUGGUUGAUGCUGCAGUCCCGGCACAGCAGUUGGAUCCUAUUAAACAAACAAUAUUUCAAGUUGAUGGUGUCAAGGGGUGUCAUCGUUUAAGAGGUAGAAGAGCUGGCUCAUAUCUGUAUCUUGAUGUACAUAUUGAGGUUGAUCCUUUUUCUAGUGUCAGCUCUGCACAUGACAUUGGUGAAGAUGUUCGUCAUCAAAUUCACAAGUCUCAUCCUACUGUGGUUGAAAUUUUUAUACAUUUAGAUCCUGCAAUGUCACAUGCUACAACCGAUCAGCAAGAUAGUUGGAGUGGAGACAUGGACCAGCACACUAUUGAUCCUGCUGAGGAUAGUAACAUUAAAGGAAUUGUUUCUGAUAUAAUCUCAUCCAACUUCCCACAGAUGUCAGUUGAGCGCAUAACACGUCACAUGUUUCAAAGCAAGAAAGUUCUUCAAAUUGAGGUUUCCAUGCCACCUGAUAUCCGAAUUGGGCAUGCAAUGGAAAUGGCACAGCAAGCAGAGAAAGAGAUUUUGAAGGCUGUCUCGAAUACAAUUCAUGUUGGAAUUCAGCUACGUUUGGGGCGACCAUUCCCACAGCCGAAUCAUACUUAG